GAAGAUGCGGUCAUACACACAGAAUCCCGGGCCUUCUGACUCGCCGGGCGGGAAGAUGUCAUCAUUGCCAAGAAGAGCAAAAGUAAAGGUCCAGACUGUGGUGUCCAAAGAUGAAUUCUCUUCCUUGUCUGAAUUAUCAUCUGCUUCUGAAGAAGAUGACAAGGAAGAUAGUGCCUGGGAGCCCCAAAAGAAAGUCUCCAGAAGUCGUAAGCAACCUGUUCCCAAAGAAUCCAAACCAAAGAGGGUGCCACGAAUGAAGAAGACCACCCAACAGAUCAGUGAUGGCUCAGAAGGCGUGGCUGUUAAGGAAGAGCUGAAUAACUCUGUGGCUAUUGCUGAUGUUGAUUUGGAAGACAGAAAAAAUAAAUUGGAAUGCGUGAAGACUCUGAAAACAGCAAAGACAAAACGGAAGAAUUCAUCUCAGUCACCUUUGGGUCAGAGGACCAAAAAGCUGAAAGCUGAUGAAGAAACAAACAUGGCCAACACCGCAGAGACACCAUCCACGAGCACCAUGUGGGAAGGUUCAUGCAAGAAGGAAGAGAAUGAAGAUGACUUUACAUUUGGUCAGUCCCCUUUAAAGAAAAUGAAGACUGAAACAUGUCCUCAGGGGCAGCCCGUGAGAUUUCCAGCAAAUGCCAAAAGCAUUAAAGAGGAGGUGGAAAUGAACUGGGACAUAGUACAGGUUUUAUCUGAGAGAACGAAUAUUGAACUUUGGGUUUGUGCCAACAUUAUUCGUCUCUUUAAUGAUGAUAACACAAUUCCCUUCAUCAUACGGUAUCGAAAAGAGCUUAUUAAUAACCUCGAUGCUGAUUCCUUGAGAGAAGUUCGACAAACCCUGGAGGAGCUCCGGGCUGUUGCAAAGAAGGUUCAUAGUACAAUCCAAAAAAUUAAGAAGGAGGGGAAGAUGUCUGAGUGCUUGUUAAAAGCCUUGCUGAACUGUAAAACUUUUGAAGAACUAGAACAUGUGUCAGCUCCGUAUAAAACUGGGAGCAAAGGCACCAAAGCCCAGAGAGCAAAGCAGUUGGGAUUAGAAGGAGCAGCCAAGACACUCCUUGAGAAUCCAGGGGAGCUCAAUCUGCUAUCUUAUAUUAGACCCAAUGUAAAAGGACUUUCAGCCCUCCAGGAUAUAGAAACAGGAGUGCAGCAUAUUUUAGCAGACAUGAUUGCUAAAGACAAAGACACGCUUGACUUCAUUCGGAAAUUGUGCCAAAAUAGGUAUAUUUGUAUCCAGUCAUCUCUGGCAAAGGUGUCCUCAAAAAAAGUAAAUGAGAAGGAUGUUGAUAAGUUUCUGCUCUACCAGAAUUUUUCAUGCAACAUAAGAAACAUCCAACAUCAUCAGAUUCUGGCAAUUAACCGGGGAGAAAAUUUGAAGAUACUGACUGUCAAAGUCAACAUUUCUGAUGGAGUGAAGAAUGAAUUCUGCAGGUGGUGCAUCCAAAACAGGUGGAGACCACGUGGCUUUGCAAGGCCAGAGUUAAUGAAGAUCUUACACAGUUCACUCGAUGAUUCUUUUAAACGCCUUAUUUAUCCUCUCCUCUGUAGAGAGUUCAGAGCCAAACUCACAUCAGAUGCAGAGAAGGAAUCAGUAAUGAUGUUUGGACGGAACCUUCGUCAGCUCCUUUUAACAAGCCCUGUUCCAGGGCGCACCCUGAUGGGAGUGGAUCCUGGUUACAAACAUGGUUGCAAAUUGGCUAUAAUUUCUCCUACCAGUCAGAUUCUUCAUACUGAUGUGGUUUACUUGCAUUGUGGACAAGGCUUCCGAGAGGCAGAGAAAAUAAAGAGGCUUUUGCUGAAUUUCAACUGCAGCACGGUGGUGAUUGGAAAUGGAACUGCCUGCCGGGAAACAGAAGCUUACUUUGCUGACCUGAUAAUGAAAAAUUACUUUGCGCCACUGGAUGUUGUUUACUGUAUUGUCAGCGAAGCAGGGGCGUCAAUCUACAGCGUCAGCCCUGAAGCUAACAAAGAGAUGCCAGGGCUGGACCCUAAUUUGAGAAGUGCAGUUUCCAUAGCAAGGCGUGUACAAGACCCAUUAGCUGAGCUGGUGAAAAUCGAGCCGAAGCACAUUGGAGUUGGAAUGUACCAGCAUGAUGUAUCUCAGACUUUACUCAAGGCAACACUGGACAGUGUUGUAGAAGAAUGUGUCAGCUUUGUGGGAGUGGAUAUUAACAUCUGUUCAGAAGUUUUGUUAAGGCAUAUUGCAGGACUCAAUGCCAACCGAGCCAAAAAUAUUAUUGAAUGGCGAGAGAAAAAUGGGCCCUUCGUCAAUCGAGAACAGCUAAAGAAAGUGAAAGGUCUGGGUCCAAAAUCUUUCCAACAGUGUGCUGGCUUCAUCAGAAUCAACCAGGAUUAUGUUCGAACAUUUUGCAGUAGUCAGCAAACUGAAUCUGCCGGUCAAGUUCAGGGAGUUGUGACAUCUUCAGCAGGUGUUGAGGUCACAAAUGAGAAGCAGGGCAAGAAGAAGAGCAAAACUGCAGUGAAUGUUGUGCUGAAGCCAAAUCCUUUGGACCAAACUUGUAUUCACCCGGAAUCGUAUGACAUAGCGAUGAGGUUUUUGUCAUUCAUCAGAGGGACACUGUAUGAGAUUGGAAAACCUGAAAUGGAACAAAAAAUAAAGUCGUUCCUUGAAAAGGAAGGAAUAGAGAAAAUUGCCGAAAGUUUGCAAACAACAGUUCACACCUUACAGGUCAUUAUAGACGGUCUCAGCCAGCCUGAAAGCUUUGACUUUCGAACAGAUUUUGAUAAACCUGAUUUCAAGAGAAGCAUUGUCUGCUUAGAAGACCUGCAAGUUGGGACAGUUCUUACAGGCAAAGUGGAGAAUGCCACUCUGUUUGGAAUUUUCGUAGAUAUAGGAGUGGGGAGAUCAGGGCUGAUUCCCAUACGAAAUGUAACAGAAGCAAAACUUUCUAAAACAAAGAAGAGAAGGAGUCUUGGACUGGGCCCUGGAGAAAGAGUGGAAGUCCAAGUACUCAACAUUGACAUCCCCCGAUCGAGGAUUACUCUGGACCUCAUUCGGGUGUUGUGAGUGUCACACUAAGGUCAAACACUGAUUUUAUUUUCUCAUUUCUAGAGAUGGGCAAGAGUAAGUCAGGUGUUUGUGAAUUCUAGGUAGCAGAUGAGAAAGAAUUCACUAUCAGAAGUAUUUUUCAAACAGUUUCCUUACUUUUCCUUCUGAAUAAAUAGGAAACUAACAGCUCAAUUUCUUUUCCCCUUAAAGAAAACGACUAAUAGACAUCCUCUUGUGGUUUUAUUUAGUAAUGACUUUCUGACCCAAAUUUUAUUUUUUGUACUUCAUCUUUGACUCCUUUUGCAUUUUGUAUAGCAGAUUGUCUUUUCAUUUCUACUUGCCAGCUCGCCUUGCUGGACUUGUAUGAAAUUGUUUUCUUGAUUUGAACUGUACGAUAUUUCUUGACAUAGGGCAGGCAGUGGUUAGCCCUCCCUUUUUACAGCUUUUUUUAAUUAGGGCUUUUGGACUUGAUUCAUGAUAUUCUCUUGCCAAGCAAAUAAAAAAUAUGCCAAUUAUAUAGAUCCUGAUGUGUUUGUAACCAUCGAAUGAAUGGCUCAAAACAUUUCUGAGAAGUAUAUAUGUAUUGAUCCCUACAAUAAAGUUCUGUGGCUAGUGACCUUGUUUUUGUUAUGUUGAUUUAGAGAAUGACCUAGGAGUCCUUCUUGAUUAAAGAUAUGGCACAUAUUCAUGCAAAUUUCAUAUAAACCCAACUGUGCCUUUGGGCAAGAGGGAAGCUUCUGGAAACUUGAAGAAUGGCAUUCAGUUUGACUUUGCUUAGCACAGAAGGUAUUUUCUUUCUUAAGCUUUAGAACUAAACCUCAAAUGGGGAAGGCAAUGGCCUUCUUAAAGAUUGACUGUAGAUGAGGUGUGAAGGGGCAAGAAAAACAAGUAGAUAAAGCAAGUGACUCUUAACUCUGUUUUUAUUCAAUGGAGAUGGUAAGUAUUAGCAUGACCAUUCAGGGUCAAAAUUAUUUAAAUAGAACGCACACUGGACUGGGGUCUUGUCCAUUCUGGCUGCUCUGGCUAAUUUGCUUAAUGGAGUCAUUUGCAUGACUGAAUAAGUACCUGGUUUUCUCCGGGUAAAAUGAGUGGAGGAUGCUUACUACAGAGGGUGACUAGCCCUGCUUUUUUGCCUGGGACAGUCCUAGUAAACACUCAUUGCCUGGUAGAGAUUUUUCAUAGUACUUCUUUUUAUUCCCAAACUGCCCCACUGUUCAUAAUAAAUCAUAUGAUCAUCUUAGUAGUAUAGUCCCCUACAGAGUGGUAAAUUAGACUGUGUUUAUUGACAGUUCUAUCUGGUAGUUUGCUAAUCUCAAAAUAUUCAGUCUUCCAACUGGUGUACAUAGAUCUUUUUAAUGCGGCAGCUCCCUUAAAAGUUGUGUAACUCAAGGCUUGUUUUCCCGACAGUUUCAUUUCUGAAAUGCUUUUCUUUCUUUCUUGACUGGUCUUCACGUGACAAUGGAUCUUAUUGUUGUAACUUUAAGUUGACCUUCCUACUCCUUCCAGUGUUCUUCCUGGUUCAUAAUUUGUAGAUCAGUGAUGAGUAAUAUGCAUCCAGAGAGUCUUAUUCUGAAGCCUGUAAUGUAAUUUCAAACAAAUGCUUGUUUUUAAUUGAGGCAUAAUUGGCAUGUAACUUUAUAUUAGUUUCAGGUAUACAGCAUGAUUCAAUAUUUGUAUGUAUUUCAAAAUGAUUACCGUAAUAAAUACAGUUAACAUCUAUCACCAUAUAUAGUCAAACAAGUGCUUUUGGGAAGAGGCCUUCUUCUUGGCCACUUUGAAUACCAGAACCAGAGCAGUGGAAGCAGCUCCAUUCACCUGGUCGCUAAGCCCUUGUAGACACAGGGAGAACUUGAUAUUGCACUAGCUUGCAUGGUUUGUCCUGUCUAGCCCAAACAUAGUGGAAGCUCUGUAAGGCCUAGCCUGGGAAAAGUGGGGCAUGUCUCUUUUGUCUUGUACCCCUAGAAUGUAGCAUGGCACUUGGUGGUCAGUAUGUUCAAUUAAUCUUAGUCCCUGUCCUUCCAAUAAUCCACAAUGUGCUUUUGAUCUGGUGUCUUUACUUCUCUGAACCUCCUUUUCCCAAGUUUCAAAUGGCGAUGUUGGUAAUAAAGCAUUCAUUCUCCCAGAAUUUAUUGGUGGCCUCCUGAGUGCCAGGCCUGGUGCUGGACACUGACCAUACAGUUAUGAUGGAAAAAUAGACAUUAUCCCUACCCUUAUGGAACUUAGAAUCUAUUGAGGAAAAAAGAAUCAUUAACCAAAAAAUCACAUACAAAUAUAAAAUUACAAGCAGUUUAAGCAAUAUAAUGGUGACAGCAUGUAAUAGAUAGGUUUACCUAGUCAGAAGUGUCAGAAAAUGUUUCAGUGGGGUUUGACUGAAAUGUGAAAGAUGACCAGAAGUUAACUAGGACAGAUAUUUCGUUGACCUUAACAAGAGUUGUUUCUGAUGAAUGCUGGGGAGUGAGUGCCUGAUUGGAGUGGGUUUUAAAAGAGAGUGGGAGGAGUUAGAUUGGGGAUAGCGAAUAUAGACAAUUUGUUCCGGAGGUUCGGCUGUCAAGCAAUAAGAGAAAUAGUACAGUGGUUAGAGGAGAGAAUGGAGUCCAGAGAGAGUUCUUAUAUUUUCUUAAGAAGAAAUCAUAAUAUGUACAAGUGGAAAUGAGCUAGUAAAACUGGAAAAUUUGAGACAGGAGACAGAGGAGAAUCGCUGGAAUGAUAUCCUUGAGUGGAUGAGACCAGGUGGAAUCUAGUACACAGUGACUGGUCUGAGAUAGAAAUACAAACAGUUUGUCCAUAUUAACAAAGAUUGUAUGGGCCCAAAUAUAAGUAGGAGAAUGUGGUGAUGGGAGCCCACUGAGGGUCUCCUUGGGUCGCUUCUAUUUUCCUCAUUGAAAUAAAAAGGAAGGUCAUCGUAGGAGCCUGAAGAUCUGGGGUAAAGGGAGUGAGAGGUGUGAGAAGAAAGGAAAAGGAAAGAAAAGGAUGAAAGAGUGAAAAGUCUGGGGAAAUAGAAUGUGACUUCCAGGCAGUGUUAAGUGUUCCACUGAGGGGUAAGGUCAGUCAAGUGGAGGAUCAGUCCACUUGCUUAUAUAUUUUUCUUCCACCACAGCAGCUGGGUGGGCACAGGUAGAGAGGUAGCUCUAAUCAGGUUUGGGAAUUUGCCAAGCAAGUAAAAUGGACAGAAAGGCAAGGAAGUUAAGGGCAUGUAGACAAAGAAAUCAUUGACCGUUGAAUUUAAGCUCCCUGAGAAGAAAAGAAAGAGUAUAAGGGGAGAAUGAGGGGCAGUGAAAAAGUACAAGAUUAAUGAUUAUAGAUCUUGAUGGAGGAAUGUUAGAGUGGGGAUAGCAGAGGACGUAAUAGGUGAAAGAGUGGCCGUCAGCAGUGGGAUGCUUAACUCUGAAAUGACGGGUUUCGGGGUUGCGGUGCUUGGUAAUUACAAAGGGUAGGGAAUGAUCACGGGAAUAAGUAGCAGAGGUAAGGGACAAGGAUAAGAUCAAUAGAAAAGAGGAAGACAAGGAACUGAAACUUCGGGAAAGAUUAUGUGGAUAAUGAGUUUAGGAGGCUAUCACAGUAAUGCAGGUGUAAAAUAAUGGUGGCUUGGACAAGAAUGUUAGUGGUAGAAAUGGUGAGAUGAGGUGGGAUACUGGAUGUAUUUGGAAGAUGAAGGCAGAACCAAGCAGGAUUUCCUGGUGUAUUGGAUAGAAAAUGUGAGACAGAAAAGAGUCUAGGAUGGUUUUGGGCCGAAGCAACCACAAGGAUGAAAUUGUUAUCUACUGAGGUGGACAAGGCUGUCUUGGACAGUUUUGGUGAAGGACUUGAUUCAGGACCAGUUAAAUUUGAGAUCCUCAUUAGACAUCUAAGUGGAGAUGCCAAAUAGUCUCUUUCAGCCUAAAGUUCGGGGGAGAAGGCUGGGCUAGAAGUGUCGGUAGUCAGCAGCAUAAAACUGUACCCACAGCCACAAGGCUGCAUAAGAUCACCAAUGUGUAUAAAUUCUUUGAACAUCUCUGUAAGGGCAGGAACCUGUGUUGUCGUGGCAGGGCCUGCCUAGGUGGCUAUUGAGAAUUCUCCCCUCCUUCCUUACUAAAAGAAUUCUGAUCUGAGGGGAGCAUAAUGUGACUAAUGGACAUGGAUGUGGCCGUGUGGUGUAGUCCUGGCCAGUGAGU